AUGUUCAGUAAAUCCCAAGUCAAUGGCCUUACCGAGGAAGUAUGGAGCGUUGUUCAGGAUAUGCCUUUAGAUCUAAGCUGCCGUAGUUCUGACAAGGAUCGAAACUUGAUAAAUCCGUUGAAGUUUCAAAGGUGUUUACCAUGUCAGACGUGUGGUAAAAACUUCGAUAGGCCAUCUUUGCUGAAAAGACAUUUACGAACUCACACAGGAGAGAAGCCGCAUGGUUGCACUAUAUGUGGGAAAAUGUUCAGUACGAGCAGUUCUUUGAACACACAUGUGAGAAUUCACACUGGAGAACGACCACAUGAAUGUCCCAUUUGUGGGAAACGUUUCACAGCUUCUUCAAAUUUGUAUUAUCAUCGAAUGACUCAUUAUAAGGAAAAACCACAUAAAUGUAACGAAUGUGGGCGGUCCUUUCCAACGCCUGGUGACUUAAGAGCGCAUGGAUAUUCUCAUACCGGAAACUGGCCCAUGCGAUGUUCGGUAUGCAAUCGGGGAUUUUGCAAACUAGCGGCUUUUCAUCAUCACAUGCAAUUACAUAAUGGCGAACGAGUUCAUCGUUGUAACAUAUGCAAAAGACAGUUCCCUGUGAUUACCAGUUUACGAUCGCACCAACAGUCUCACGCCUUGAACACGCCUCUUCGAAGCAUCGUGAAUUAUACAAAUGUGGAGAGCACUUCGAUAACUGUGGACGGCAUUACGUUUGACGAUGUGAGCAGAACCUAUCUGCAAUAUCCUGCAUCAUAUUCGAGAGAAUCCUGGGUACCAUUGCAAUACACUAAAUAA